AUGUCUAGCAUCAGUAACAGUGAUCAACAAAAUUGCACUGAGGGUGGUGAUAACAGCGUGUUACUAAGUGGUGUUAAAGGGAAUAACAUUUUUUCAGAGUUAGAGGCAGAUUUCAGUAGGAUCGAGACUAUAUUUGACACACUACUUGCUCGACCUUUAAGCGAAGUAUCUUCGAGAUUUCCACCAGCAGAGCGUGCAAGGCUAUAUUUACUAUAUGCGUAUUGUUGCAAUAAACUUACUUCCUUGUAUUUGGAAGUUAAUGGCGAGCCCGAAGCUAAAGAGGUCCUUGAACAAGAGAAACGUGUCCAAGAGAGUUCUAAUAGAGUUGAAAAUACGAUCAACCCACCACAACCCUCAUUAACCCUCAACCGUUCUGCUGCUGCACGCUUCAUUAUGCAUUCCUUACCAAAGGAACGUGAAGCAAAGGAUGAGGUUCGCGCAACGAGCUCGACGCACGCCCGAUUUGAUGAUUAUAGUGAGAGAAGGUUUAGUGGUUCUUCACCUAAUGACAGAAGGUUUAGUUCUUCAUCUAAUGACAGAAGGACUAGUUCUUCGUCUAAUGACAGAAGGUUUAAUUCUCCAUAUAAUGACAGAAGGUUUAAUUCUUCACCUAACGACAGAAG